AUGGCUAGUUCAGGAAGUCUGGGUCCAAAUACCUACUCUUCUCUUACCUGUUUCAUAUUUUUGUUCAAUGUGAUUGUUGGUACAGGUGUACUAACGCUUCCGGCUGCUUUUCAACAUGCAGGAUGGUUAAUAUCUGUUCUUGUGAUCGUUAUUCUUUGUUUCCUAAGUUUUUUGACAUUUACAUUUGUUAUUGAAGCACUGUCAAUAACUAAUGUGUUGCAAAGAAUGAAGGGUGUUCACACUCCGCCUGAAGAGCAUGGUAGUGGUGAAAGUAUUGCCGGGAAAAUGUCAAGUGAUGUUCUGAGGUUUAGGAUUACUGCUAAUGAUUUUCUAAUUACCGAUAAAUACGAGCUUGGACAAAUGUCAUUAAUUUACUUUGGAAAUUUGGGGAAUAUUCUUUUUUACCUGAAUGUUUGCACGUAUCUUUAUGGCGACCUGGCUAUUUAUUCCACAGCCGUUCCAAAGUCAUUACGGAAUGUUGUUUGUUCUUUUAAUAACUCACGAAAUUCGUCGAUUUCGGAUUUCGACCUUUGCUGGGCUUCAUCGUCGCUUACACGUUUAGAUGUAUACAGGAUAUUUGUUGUUUGUUUUGGAGCAUUCGUUCUUCCAUUUCUAUUUUUCAAUGUCAUUCGUUCUCGAUGGCUUCAGUUGUUGACUGUUUGUCUACGAUGGAUCGGUUUUAUAUUGAUGUUCAGUUUGUCAAUUGAAAGAGCUAUUAUAUUACACAUGCAAAUGAAAACCUCUACAUUUCAACUUUAUUCCUGUGUAUAUUGGAAUCCAUCAAUUUACACUUUAUCUACACAACGCGAACCGAUUCCUAGACCACCAGCUUUUCAACCUCAUAAUAUACCAAGUUUAUUUGGUGUUUGCGUUUACGUGUUCAUGUGUCAUCAUUCUAUACCGGGUAUUGUAACACCUGUAAAAAAUAAACACAAUAUACUAUAUCGAGUAUUUCUCCCCGUAUUUAUUACAGUCCUCUUAUUUAAUCUUCUACUCUCAGGUACAGCUGUGAUUGCAUUUAAUCAUAUUGAAGAUUUGUAUACAUUGAAUUUUACACCUAACAAAGAAUUUAUAGAUAUAUCACAGAUUCCGUAUACAAUAGCAUUAAUAUUUGGUUACUUUCUAUGCUUAUUCCCUGUAUUCGCUUUAACUUCAUCUUAUCCAAUAAUUGGUACUAGUUUACUUGGGAAUAUUUACUCUUUGUGCCACUAUUUCCCAAUAUGUCAAAGUGAUACAGUUCAAAGAAUAUUAAAGUAUACACUACCAUUCAUUGUAUUACUACCACCGUUAUGUAUAGCCUUGAUAACUGAUGAUGUUGGCUAUUUAACUGGUUUCACUGGAGCAAUUUUCGGUUCUGGUAUACAGUAUAUUAUACCAGCUGUAUUAGUAUACAAAGCACGUCAACAAUUCACAAAUUUCAUUUUAUCUCAAAAUGAUAUUAUCGUUACAAUAAAAGGUCGACAGAAUCACUAUGAUGAUAAUGAAUUGACAACUACUGACAAUAAUGAUAUUGUAGUACCAACAUCUAGUUAUAGUAACGCUGCAUUGGCCAAUUCAGAAAAUAAUGAGAUUUACAGUUCAACAGAACAUUUAACAAUGGAACAGUCAGUUUCAGUUAUUGGAAAAUGUUCGCAACACCGCCUAGCAGCUAUUUCAAUGCAUGCCUCGCCUUUCCAGCAUUGUUUCUGGAUAAUAAUGAUUUUAAUAUGGGCUUUAUUUUGUAUUGUGAUUGUUUUAAUUGAUAAAAUACAUCAUGUUUGA